ACUCAGUGAGUGUUAAGAUGCAGGAAUAUGAUGUGAUAGUGCUCGGAACUGGACUUAAGGAGUGUAUCAUCUCUGGUUUGAUGUCUCAAAGUGGGAAAAAAGUUCUUCACAUUGACAAAAAUCCUUACUAUGGAGGAGAGAGCGCCUCCAUUUCUCCCCUUGAAGAGCUGUACAAGAAGUUCAAGGUUCCAGGUCCUAAGGCCAUGGGCCUUGGGAAAGAGUGGAACAUCGACCUCAUCCCCAAAUUUUUCCUGGCCAAUGGUCAGCUGGUGAAAAUCUUGGUGCACACUGAGGUCACUCGAUAUCUGGACUUCAAGGUAGUUGAAGGCAGUUAUAUAUACAAAGCAGGAAAAGUUCACAAGGUCCCCGCCACUGAGGAAGAUGCCCAAGCUUCAGACCUGAUGGGCAUGUUUGACAAAAGAAGGUUCAGGAAGCUGCUGCUCUUCGCCCUCAACUUUGACGAGAGAAACCCUCGCACCUUUCAAGAUGUCAACCCAAAGAAAAUGACCACACGGGACCUUUUCUGCCGCUUCGACCUGGGAUUAGAUGUAAUGGAGUUCACAGGUCACGCCAUAGCCUUACACAGCAGUGACAGUUACCUGGACCAGCCCUGUGUGGAGACCAUCAGACGGAUCAGGCUGUACUCUGAGUCUUUGUCCCGUCACACCAGCAGUCCAUACCUCUACCCAAUGUACGGGCUGGGAGAGCUGCCGCAGGGAUUUGCCAGGCUGAGUGCAGAGUACGGAGGAACUUUCCUGUUGAACAGACCGGUGGAUGAGAUUGUGAUGGACAACGGCAAAGUAAAAGCGGUGAAAUCUGAGGGGAAGCUGUUCCACUGUAAACAGCUGAUCUGUGAUCCCAGCUAUGUUCCUAAUCGAGUGAGGAAAGUGGGUCGUGUCAUACGUGUCAUCUGUUUAUUAAAUCAUCCAGUUAAAAACACCCACGAGGCCAAUUCAUGUCAAAUCAUCAUCCCUCAAGCUCAACUCAACAGGAAAUCAGACAUUUACAUAUCUGUAGUGUCCUUCACCCACAACGUGGCUUCAGAUGGGAUGUACAUCGCCACGGUGAGCACGACCUCAGAAACCAGUAACCCGGAGAAGGAGGUGCAGCCCGGCCUGGAUCUUCUCGAGCCCAUCAUGCAAAAAUUUGUGUCAAUCAGAAACCUGCUAGUUCCCAUCGAAGAUGGAAAGAAUAGUCAGAUAUUUGUGUCCCGCUCAUAUGAUGCAACAAACCACUUUGAGACUGAAAGUGAAGACAUCGCAGAUCUGUACCGACGAAUCACAGGAGCAGAGCUCUGCAUCGGAGGAUCACAGAGACACCAGUCGCACAGGCCAAACAACUGGGCGGAGGGUUUUCAGUAG